AUGGAAGAAAGCCUACCAGUGUUAGCUCCGAAUUCACUACCAAUCUCGUGUAUGGUGUGGAAUGUACAGGGUGCAGGAAGUUCGAAUUUUAUCAGGUCUUUGAAAGACCUUAUUCAUGCUCAUAAACCGAAUGUAUUGGUUCUGGUUGAAACACAUAUGGGUGGGGAUCAGGCAGUUAAAAUUGCUAACACCAUUAAGUACGAUGGACAUGAAAGAGUGGAUGCUAUGGGUUUCAGUGGUGGGAUUUGGGUGUUAUGGAAAACUGAUUUGGUUACAGUGAACCCCAUUCUUAAACACUAUCAACAUAUCACCAUGGAAAUCAGUAGAGUUGGGGAUAGACCGUGGUAUUUUUCGGCAGUCUAUGCCAACCCAGACCCUACGAAAAGAAAGGAGUUGUGGAAAGAAUUGCAGGAGUUUGCUAGGCAAAAUAAUGAGCCAUGGUUGGUUGCAGGGGACUUCAAUGACACUAGAUUUCCCUCGGAAAGAAACACUUUUUGUAGAGAAACGGAUAGAAGAUCAAGUUUGUUUAACAGUUGGGUGGAAGAGAUGGAACUUGUAGAGGUGGAGUUCUCAGGAGCUUUUCACACUUGGGCACGUGGUCGCUCCUUAGAAACAAGGAAAAGUGCUAGGCUUGAUCGAGCCCUAUGUAAUGAACAAUGGGCAACCAGAUUUGAUAACGCGGCCAUGAAGCAUCUACCAGCCAUACACUCUGAUCACUGCCCAAUUCUUAUAUCCCCCAAUGGCUUUGUUCCUUUGCAAACACUGCAUAGGCCAUUUCGCUUUCAAGCAACGUGGAUGACUCAUGAAAAUUUUAAGGAAUUUGUUGCUCAAAAGUGGGAUAAUAACAGCCCCUUAGUUCCAGCCCUCUCAAAACUCUCAAAGGACUUGCAAGAUUGGAAUCGUGAUACUUUUGGGAACAUCUUUAAACAAAAAAGAGCCCUCAUGGCCAUAAAAGGGAAUGAUGGGGAGUGGAUACAAGACAAGGAACGAAUCAAAGAGAAUAUAGUAGGUUAUUUUUCACAUCUUUUCACAGAAGAAGGAGAGCCUACUCGCUUUGAUGUCUCACAGGAUGUGUUUCCGGAACUCCCAUUAGAACAAUGGAGACUGCUCACUCGACCUUAUACUCACGCUGAAAUAGAUGCGGUAAUAAAAGAUAUGGCUGCUCUCAAAGCACCGGGCCCUGAUGGUUAUCAAGCACUUUUCUAUCAGAAGAAUUGGGAUUUAGUAGCAAGCUCUGUGUAUAGAUCCAUCAUUCCUGUCCUUGAAGGAAAGGGUAUGCCUGCAAACUUUAAUGACACUUUCAUUGCCUUAAUUCCGAAAUUCGAAAAACCUGAACUAGCAUCUCAGUUCAGGCCUAUAGGGCUAUGCAAUGUCGCAUACAAAAUGGUCACGAAGGUCUUAGUCAAUCGAAUUAAGACAAUCCUGCCUACUUUGAUCUCUAAUACUCAAUUAAGUUUUGUCCCGGGUAGGCAAAUAACAGACAACAUAGUAAUCAUGCAAGAAGUCUUGCAUACCAUGAGACGUAAGCAAGGGAAGAAAGGGUAUAUGGAAAUCAAAAUAGACUUUGAGAAAGCCUAUGAUAGGCUUCGAUGGUCUUUCAUUCGUGAUACUCUCGUGCAAAUGAACCUACCAAUUACUAUGAUUGAGGUAAUAAUGGAGUGCAUCACCACAACAUCUCUUCAAGUACUUUGGAACGGUGAGCCCUCAAGUAGCUUUAAACCAAGUCGAGGGGUUCGCCAAGGAGAUCCCCUAUCCCCAUAUAUCUUUGUGAUGUGUAUGGAGAGGCUGUACCAAACCAUAGAAGCGACUAUUGUGAAUGGAUACUGGAAGCCAAUCAGAGCAAGCAGGGAGGGCCCCUUACUUUCAAAUUUAUUCUUUGCUGAUGACAUAGUGCUCUUUGCGGAAGCCACAAUAGAUCAAGCGAGUUUAAUCCAAGCUUGUUUGGAACGUUUCUGUCAAGCUUCUGGUCAGAAGCAAGAUAUUGCCACUACACUGGGAAUGGAAGCUACGAAGGAUCUUGGCUUAUACUUAGGCAUGCCUACUCUCACAAGAAGGGUGACUAAGGAUACGUACAGUCAUUUAUGUGAGAAAAUUGAUAGGCGUUUAGCAGGUUGGAAAUCCAAAUACUUGUCUUUGGCUGGUCGUAUUACCUUGGCCAAAUCUACUUUAUCCACCAUGUCUUUCUACUCUAUGCAAACUGCCAAGGUGCCUCGUACAAUAACUGAGAACAUAGAUAGGAAAUUAAGAAGAUUCAUCUGGGGUGGCAACGAAGACAAGAACAAAGUUCAUAUUCUUGCGUGGGAUACUCUCCAAAAACCGAAGGAUCAAGGAGGCAUUGGCAUCUCCUCUGCCAAACAGGCUAAUGCAGCAUUUCUCACCAAGCUAGGUUGGAGAGUGCUCACUAAACCUAACUUGUUGUGGUCACGAGUAUUGCGUGCCAAAUAUUGCAAAGGGAGAUGUGAUGUUGACAUGUUUGAGUCAAAGAAGGAUAUGUCAAAUGUAUGGUGUGGGAUUACUGCCAAUGCUAAACUCCUAGGAGAAGGUACGCAAAUUGCAGUGGGUAAUGGUCAUAAUACCGUUUUUUGGGAUCACAAAUGGGUAGGAGAUACACCAUUAAGCAAUAUGGCUACACAGCCAAUUCUUCAGGAGUUGGAGGGAGCAACAGUGGCUGAGAUGUGGGAAGAGAAUAGUGGCUGGAGGUGGAACAUCUUUGCGCCCUUUCUCCCACAAGACAUCCUUAAGCUAAUUCAAAACCAUGAGCUCAGAGUUGAUCCAAGUAUAGGUGACCUGGUUUAUUGGAAAGGAGACUCAAAGGGUAGGUUCACAAUUAAAUCUGCUCUUAGAAUUAUGAGACAAGAGAGUGACGCCCUUGAUGAAAGUUGUUGGGACUUAAUCUGGACAUCGCCUAUUCAACAGAGAGUACGAGCCUUCCUAUGGCUUGCAUGCCACAAUCGUGUGCUUUGUAACCAAAAUAUGUUCAGGCGCAAUCUCACUGCAUCCCCAUCUUGUUACAUUUGUGGUGGCCAAAUGGAGUCCACUCUUUAUACCCUUCGUGAUUGUCCUGCAGCUAAGGUGGUGUGGCGUAAGCUAAUACAACCUAUGUACUUUGACCAAUUCUUUCAAGGGUCUAUUAAGGGUUGGCUGGAAGUAAACCCGGCUUGCUCAGAGGAUCACAUGGCAGAAGACUGGCUUACUAUUUUUGGCAUUGCCAUAUGGUGGAUAUGGCGUUGGAGGAAUUGCCAUGUCUAUAACAGAAAGGAUGAGUUACCUAUGGACAUUGGAGCUUUCCUUCGCAUAAGGGUGGAAGAAAUAAAACAAAGUCUCACACAUGAUGUUUUGAGCCCACACCAAGCAAGUCAUCAGGUGACAGCAAACAUCUCUUGGCAUCCCCCUGCCUUGGAUGAAUAUGUACUUAACUGUGAUGGUGCAGCCAAAGGAUGUCGUGGCCUAGCAGGUGGAGGUGGUGUAAUUCGUAACCUGAGGGUCGGUUUGUCUCGGGUUUCACAGCAAAUUUUGGUAGAUGUACAUCAAUGCGAGCUGAGAUCCUAG